CUACAGAGCGCAUUUUUGGGAUUAUAAACGCGUUCCGAGUCAGCUGACGCCGAAAGCGACUAUGAUGCUCAAAAUGCUGUCUAGGUAGGCAGCUCACUAGUGUUUGAGACGCGGCCAAUGUGGCACAGGCAUAUGAACGCGUGAUGCACGCAAUGAUCUUGAGUGAGUGUUUGAGAGACUUUUGAAUUUCUGCAUCUCCGGACGGAAAGGACCGAAUAAACCGCUGUUUUACAGUCUCAGAUCUGUGUAACUGGAAGAACAAAGAAAGGAGUUUUAUAGUUUACCUCAGUCAUGCAGAAGGCAGGGACGGCCCCGUCCUCCCAGGGUCCAAGUGCUCCUGGGUCCCCAGCCACCUCGAUUGUGGCACGAAUGGACAAUCAGGUCAUCGGAUAUAAAGACUUGGCCGCCAUUCCCAAAGACAAAGCCAUUCUUGAGGUGGAACGGCCAGAUCUGAUGGUGUACGAGCCGCAUUUCAAUAUCUCAGCCCUGGAUCGGAUAGGUCACUCCAGAAGCAGAGAGAGAUCAAUGUCUCCUCAUUCUGUCUCGCCUCCUCCUUCCCCAGAGAUAUUUGCUUCAAAAGAGUCAAAGGAGUGGUCAGAGCAGGGCUCCCCAGGAGGCUCCACAGUGCAGCUCCGCAAAAUCAGCCCCGUGCAGCACUUCCACAGGCCGGACAGUGGCACCAACAUCUAUAAGAAGCCACCAAUUUACAAACACGACGGACAGACGGGAACGUCUCAUAGUAAACAUGAUGUGAUCAUUGAGUCCUCCAAGUUCCCAGCAGCCCAGCCGCCUGAUCCCAACCAACCUUCAAAGAUAGAGACAGAGUACUGGCCCUGUCCACCCUCUCUAGCCACUAUGGAGAUUGAGUGGAAGAAGAAGGCAGCCGAGCAGGGAAAGCCAAUCGAGGACGAUGAGUUUGAGGACCUGACAGAAGAUGCAAAGAGACUCCAGGAACAGGAACUUCAGAAGAUACAGUCCAACUUGGGCAAAUUGAUCCUGGGAAACGAUACGCCUAUUUCACUGCGGUCUGCAGACUUCACCUCCACAGACAAUGGAAAAGCAAAAACAGGUGUACAGAAUGGCGAUUCACAGAGUGGGAGAAUGGACAGAGGAAGCUCUCUUCCUAGUAUUCUGGAACAGAAGAUAUAUCCAUAUGAAAUGCUGGUUGUAACCCACAGAGGGCGCAGUAAACUUCCUCCAGGUGUUGACAGGACCAGAUUAGAGCGUCAUCUGUCUCCAGAGGAAUUCCAGAGCUUAUUCGGAAUGUCCAUCACAGAAUUUGAUCGUCUGUCACUAUGGAAACGGAACGACCUGAAGAAGAAAGUGUCCCUUUUCUAACAUUUGGACAUUUGGACUUGGACACUGAACCCUUUGCCCUCCAGAGACGCCAGUAAUAUCCACUCUAAUCUAAUACGGAUGCUAUGCAGACAUUUGAAGAUAAGCAAGGAAGAUGACACCACAUCACCAGAUGUUAUUUCACUCACAUGUACAGCAGUCUCUGUACGUCUCUGGUGUAUAUAAUAAAGACAGAAUGAAGACUCGCGCAUCCCUACAGUCGCUCCAUAUCUCAAAAGUCGGAUUAUUAGUGAUGGAAUAUCAAUUUCAUAAACUGCUCCAGCCGUUUCUUUACGCCUUACAUCGAUUUCAAAUUCUUAAAGUGCCCAGAGAUGUUUAUAAUAAUAGGCCUAUAUAUUUACACAAAGUUUUAAUCGUAAACAUCACUUUUUUUUUCUUUUUCUGUUCACUAAUAUUCCACUAUAAACUUAAUUUAUUGUAUCCCAAACACAUAUGGC